AGAUUAAAACAAAUAAUAUUAUAAAUACGGUUAUAAAAUUUAACUUGAACACAAGAAAAAAUCAGAUAACUGACAAUUACGGAGGCUGUGGUUACCAUGGUGACGGCCUGUUAAGUGUCCGUGUAGAUGCCUGAUUAAAACACGUCAAUGAUAUUUAUAAAAACAGGGCGGGCUGACUGUUUAAAUCAGCUCCUUUAAUACCUCAACGAUCAACUCUGACAGAAAUGGAAGCGUCGAUGAUCGAUUAUUUUCGGACCUGAUUAGUCCGUGAAGGAGCCUCCGGUUAGUUUUAAAGAAGAGCAGCAGAGCGACAUCAUGAACCAAGUGGAUUCUGUCCAGCAGCAGCGGACUGGAAGUGUGUGUUUGGAGGAAAAAGUCCAGAAGAAACGCCUCCAUCAGCCGCAGGACGUCGUUCUGAAGCAAACCGCCGAUGUCCGGCAGAUUUUGGUGAUUAAAGAAGAAGUCCCCCAUGAAUGGAGCCCCAGUCCAAACCAGGAGGACCCAGAGUUCCUCCACAUAAAGGAGGAACAGGAGGAACUAUGGACCAGUCAGGAGGAAGAGCAGCUUAAUGGACAGGAAGGGGCUCAUAUCAGCAAGUUAACAUUCACUGCUGUUCCUGUGAAGAGUGAAGAUGAUGAAGAUGAACCUCAGUCCUCACGGCUUUAUCAGAGGCUAACUGAAGGCAAAAGAGAGGAAACGAACAACUCACCUAAACAGAUGAAAACAGAAAGUGAUGGAGAUGACUGUGGAGGACCAGAACCAGCCAGUAAUCAGGAUUUAAAAAGUCGUUUAGAACCAAAUACAGAUGGAAAUGCUUCAAACUCCUCUGAGACUGAAGUCAGUAAUGAUGAUGAUGAUGAAGAGGAGGAGGAUGGUGACUGGCAGGAACCUUUGUCAGAAUCUGGACCUGAAAGCGAUGACAGUGAUGGUGCUUGGACAGAGAACAAAACAUCUGAGUCUGGUAGUGAAGUUUGUGGUGAAAAACUCACACAACAAGGAACUCUAAAGAAACACAGGAGAGUUCACAUAGGAGGGAAAACCUUUAGUUGUGGUGUUUGUGGUAAAAAAUUCACACGUCAAGGAGAUCUGAAGAGACACCUGAGGGUUCACACAGGAGAGAAACCCUUUGACUGUAGUUUUUGUGGUAAAAGAUUUAGACAGCAAGGAGUACUGAAGAGCCACAUGAGAAUUCAUACGGGCGAAAAACCAUUUAGUUGUGAUGUUUGUGGAAAGAGAUUUAUACAUCAGUCUAAUCUCAAAUCACACACCAGAGUCCACACUGGAGAGAAACCAUUUAUUUGUGCCAUUUGUGGUAAAAGAUUUACAGAGCAGGGAAGUCUGACGAGACACGGAGGAGUCCACACAGGACAGAAACCAUUUGGUUGUGGCCUUUGUGGUAAAAAAUUUAGUCGGAAGACUCAUUUCAAGACACAUAUGACUGUCCACACAGGAGAAAAACCGUUUGAUUGUAGUUUUUGUGGGAAAAGAUUUAGCCAAAAGACACAUUAUAAAAUUCACAUUCGAGUCCACACAGGAGAGAAACCCUUCAGUUGCGAUGCUUGUGGAAAAAGAUUUAGACUCCAGUAUAAUCUAAAAAGACACAUGAGAGUCCACACGGGAGAAAAACCAUUUGGAUGUGACGUUUGUGGUGAAAGAUUUACAGAACAGGGAAGUCUUAAACGACACAGUGGAGUUCACACAGGGGAGAAACCCUUUAGUUGCGAUGAUUGUGGUAAAACUUUUAGUCGCAAUACGCAUCUGAGGAGACACAUGAGGGUUCACACAGGAGAGAGACCUUUUGGUUGUGAUGUUUGUGGAGAAAGAUUCACAGAACAAGGGGUUCUCAAGAGUCACAUGAGAGUCCAUACAGGAGAGAAACCAUUCGGCUGUGACAUUUGCGGAAAAAGAUUUCGACAUCAAUAUACUCUUAAAAGACACACGAGUGUUCACACAGGAGAGAAACCAUUUUCCUGUGACGUUUGUGGGGAAAGAUUUACACGACAAGGAAAUCUGAAGAGACACAUGAGAGUCCACACGUGAUAAAAACUGGAAAAAUGCAGGCUUGAUUGGGAUGUUUUAAUUUCCUAAAUGCUGGCAAGAACCACAUUCUUAUUAGGGAUGGGAAUUUCGACUAAUUUCCCCACCGACUAGUCUCAAAUGUUAUUUGCGACUAGUUGACUAGUCUAUAAACCCACAUAAUGACAGUGAAGAAACAUUUUCAUUUAUAUCCCGCUCCGUAAGUCUGGAUGGGAUCUGUAGUGACUUUGUGUAUGCGCAAUUCAUCUGUCGUCUGGCUGCGGAGUGAUGUGGGUCUCCGCUAAUCAGGCACUGGGACUACUGCGGGGUUACUGGACUGACAGCCUGUGCUUUGGGACGGGCAGGAGCUCACAGCAGCACCUGCUGCUUUUUGAGGACAGUAACUGCAGAAUGAUCCGAGUUUUCCUGUCAGUCUCCAAAACGGCAGAAAUGGUUGCUAGAUUUGUCGCUAGUCGCUUUUGACAAAAAAGUCGCUAGGACGCUUUGGAAAGUCGCUAGAUUUAGCGAGAAAGUCGCUGAGUUGGCAACACUGGUUUCUGUUUACACAGCCGACAGACGACCUUGUUGUUAUCUGCUGCAUCAAAAUACUGCCAAACAGUGCUGAUUUUCUUAAGCGGGAGCAUCACCAUCUUCCCACUUUACCUUUCCAAACUUUCUUCCCCAAACUGUGUGGCCCUGCCCCCUGCUACGUGUGCGUGGGGAGGGGAGGAGGAGCAAUUCUCUCCCUAGCUGCUCAGCCUUUUUACAAAGAAGCCGAGGCAGACGCACGAAGAACAAGGUGCAUGAUGCUUAAUGCAGCAUUUAACCAACUAGUAAAAUACUAAACGUUUAAUAAAUGAGUAGGCGGUUAAACGACUAGAUGCGCACAUCCCUAAUUUUUAUUAUCUUUUAUUUUUAUUAUUGUUAUCUGUGUAUUGUGUGUGUAUGUAUGUGUAUAUAUAUAUAUAUAUAUAUAUAUAUGUUAACAUUCCUUCAGUUUGAUUUGUCUUUGCUAAAAAUAUUGUCUAUACAGGUUCUUUGACAUUAAGGAUUGAGAGAGUCAAGGGCAGCUGCUUUUUUUAGACUCAAACUGUGAAAACAAAGUGCCUUAUGUGUAUAAUGUAUGAUGGAUAGUUUGUCAGAAAUUCAAAUCUUCUAAUUGUCCAUAAACACACGUGUGAUGUCGGUUUAACAGACAGUUUCUUACGUCAUUGCUGCAUGGAGCGUUAAUUUAAUCCUGCUCUAAUGAGAAGGACAUGAACAAUAAAUGAUUUUAAUUUAA